GGGGCAAUGACCUUGGGAUGUUGCGAUGAAGGACAAUCCGAGAAGGCGAAUUGUCGCGCCCUUAAAGUCAAUUACCAAUAAGAUUUUGGUGCUACUUGUAUGUCGCGGCCUAAGAGACUUCAAGAAUGGACACGAUUUUCACCUUGCCGCUCAGUAUUCUCGCGCUGUUUCAGCUCCUUCUCACUGCCUUACACUUGACACCUGGCGUUAAUCUGACCAUUUCGCAAGCGCUUCGAGCUUUGACAAAGAACCCGGCCAGCAAGGCUGUCGUCGGGACCUUUGGGUUGGUUCUUGGCGUGUUAGGCACUUCCAGCCUGGUUGAGCUAUACCAUGGAGCGGAGAAGGUCAAGCAAGGCUCGUUGCGGGGGGAGAUCCUCGCCACAGUGGACUACCUCCGCGUUCAGGUGUCGUGUGUGCUGUCUCUGUCCAACUUGCUCAUCCUGCUGCUCAACCUGGCGCUGUCGGCCAAGGCGUGCAGCCUGGACCGCACCGAGAAGAACCUCACGGCCAUGCAGCGGCAGGUGAAGGGCCUUCAGACCGAGUAUGAGCGGGUCACUAAGGCGGACAAGGCGGGUGCCGGUGCCGGCGCCGGCACGGGCAGCCUGGCGGCGGAGGAGGCGGCGGCGCUGAAGAAGACUCUGGAUCGGGUCAUCGGGGAGAAGGAGCAGCUACAGGCGGCAUCCGAGGCGGCGGAGAAGGCAGCGAAGGCUGCGGAGGCCAAGGUUACGGCCAUGGUCUCCCAGAUCAAGGGCUAUGACAAGGAGUUUGACCGCAUGCUGGAUGAGAACAAGGCGCUCAAGGCGCGGCUGGCGCAGCAAGCGGCGGCAGCGGGAGCAGGAGCCCAGGCGGGGGCCGCGGCCGCCGCCGCGCCUGUGGGGCCCAUCCCCAACAAGAAGGACGAUUAGAGACGACGACUGGGGAAGGGUUCGUAGGGCCGUGGCCACUUGUUGCUUCAUGCAUAUGUGCAAGUUGAAGGCCACUGAUCUGCUUCGCAUGUACGGUACGGACGGAAGUGGCGGUGCUGUGAGUUGCUUGAAUAUGUGUUGUGCUGAUUGCGUUGGGAAAGGCACCCAUGUAAAUGAGUCAAGAGGUUGGACUGUUGUCCUAGCGCAUGUAUUCGACAUGCUUGGGGCUGCUUUGUUGGACCAGAGU